AUGACCGCGGCCGGUGUGCCUUGUGUGCCUGGUUACCAUGGGGCAAACCAGGAUCCAGACUUUCUCCAACAAGAAGCGGAUAAGAUUGGAUACCCAGUUCUAAUCAAGGCGAUUAAAGGAGGCGGAGGCAAGGGUAUGCGUAUUUGUAGUUCGAAGGAGACUUUCCAAGACCAGCUCAUGUCUGCAAAAUCGGAGUCGAGGAAUUCGUUCGGCGACGACCAAGUUUUGAUCGAAAAGUACAUCACGACGCCGCGACAUAUCGAAGUGCAGGUAUUUGCAGAUAAACAUGGAAAUUGCGUAGCCUUGGGCGAAAGAGAUUGCAGCAUCCAGCGCCGACAUCAAAAGAUCUUGGAAGAAUCGCCCGCUCCACACCUGCCACAAGCUACGAGAAAGGACAUCUGGGAGAAGGCUAGAGCUGCGGCCUUGGCCGUGGGCUAUGAAGGUGCGGGAACAGUUGAAUUUAUAUUCGACAAUGAUACCGGAGAGUUCUUCUUUAUGGAAAUGAAUACGCGCCUGCAAGUUGAGCAUCCAGUCACUGAAAUGGUUACUGGGCAGGAUCUCGUCCACUGGCAACUGUUAGUUGCCGAAGGCGCACCUUUGCCUCUAACGCAGGAAGAAAUUGAGGCCAAGAUCGCUAGCAGCGGACACGCGAUCGAAGCCCGAAUCUAUGCUGAAAACCCGGAGCAAGGGUUCGUACCUGAUUCUGGCCGUCUUAUUCAUGUUCGCACUCCAAAACCUACCGAAGAUGUCAGAAUUGAUGCAGGCUUUGUCGCCGGUGACGAAGUCUCUUCGCACUAUGACCCUAUGAUAUCUAAGUUGAUUGUUAGAGGAGCGGACCGAGCGGAGGCUCUCCGAAUCCUUGCUGCUGCUCUCGAACAGUACGAAGUUGCCGGACCCAUGACCAAUAUCGAGUUCAUUAAGCGAGUAUGCCGGAGCGCAGAUUUCGCUGCAGGUGAGGUCGAAACCGGGUAUAUUGAAAAGCACCGUGACGAGCUGUUCAGAAAGGACCCAAUCGAGCCCGAAGUCCUAGCUCAGGCGAGUUUGGCGUGCUACCUUGACGGUAGUUCUGUUGGCCCAGCCGGUUCAGCCGUCGGCUUCAGCCCCGUGUACCAGCAACGGCAGUUCUCGUUUGUUCAAGCGACCGCUCCUGGGGAGCCGGAAGGGACUCGUUUCAACACCCAGAUUGAGCAGACGGGACCGGAUACCUUCAACAUCACCGUCGAUGGCAAGACGUUUACAAAUGUCAGGCGACAGAGGAAUACUGCCGCGAACGUGUUCACCUCGUUUUUCCCCCACACACGCCUUGAUACCACCGUUGUCCGCGACGAGGAUAAUGUCACAGUAUUCCAACGGGGACUGCAGUAUCGGCUAAGAAUCCCCCGUGCCAAGUGGAUGGAAAAGGCACUUGGCAUUAAAGACGUUGCGAACAGUGUGAUUGCUCCCAUGCCAUGCAAGAUCCUGCGAGUGGCGGUUGCAGAAGGCGACACGGUGGAGAAGGAUCAGCCGUUGGUUGUGAUUGAAAGCAUGAAGAUGGAGACUGUGAUUCGAGCUCCUCAUAACGGAGUGAUAUCGAAGGUGGUACAUAAACAAGGGGACAUUUGUAAAGCGGGCACGCCGCUUGUUGAAUUCGCCGGCAGUGAGGCAGCAGAGAAAUAG